AGCAUAACAUAGAAAAUAAAAAUUGUUGUUUAUUUAAUGUAUAGGGAGCGUGGUCGGACGUGUUGAUAUUGUUGAAAUCUAACCUGGCUGCACAAAAUGAAGCUUGAACCCAUCUAAGCGCCGAUUUCAACUCUAAUACACACCAACAAUCUAACACCUUCCGACGACGGGGGCAAGUCAGGGCACGAUUCCAGCAUACAGCCUAAACUACCCUUUCCCUUGCAAGUCCAAUCAGACAUGCAACAGCAACGACGCAACGGCGACUGCCAGCCCCUGCUGGCCAAUGGAGCUGCAACAACAGCAAAAGCCACAACAACAACAACAACAGCAGCAGCAAAGGCAGCUCCAAAUUCAUUGUCGGCACGUUGCGGAUGUUACUUUUCGCUAGCUUGUUCUAUAGGCUCAAUGAGCUUGGCCUGCGGCAGCUUGUGGCAAAUACCGAAUACCACCGAUCGCAUCACAUUGCAACGUGGACUCUUCCUCACAUCGCUGGGCUUCAUCUACUUUAUAUCGCUGACAGACUUUUGCAACAAAUACCUGCUGGAAACAGCCAGAGGACAACACUUUCGACGCAAAUAUCGUCUCAUGGUAUCCGAUGUACUUGAAAUAACGAACAAAAUUGUUUCGGCCAUCCAGGCCUCCUUUUCGUUUCUGGUUGGCCUCAUUGUCUGCAAGUCCACCUGCAGCAAAUCCUUUGUGUAUGCCUCGCACUUUCUAAUGGAGGCUUACGGCUGGUUCGGCACCGCCUACUUUAUGUACGACAUUUGGUCCAUGUACAAGGUGCACACGCAAAAGAUUGCCGACAAGCUGCAUCUCCUGCGACUGACCAAGUCCAGGCAGGAGCAGCAGGCGCUGGCCGUGGGACAUGGACGUGGCUAUUACGAGAAGGCCAACGGCGGGGGCAUGGGCAACAAUAAUGGCAGCGUGCCCAGCACCCCGGUUGAGUUUUGCGACUAUGAUGGCGGCACUGUCGAGAUACCCAAGGAUGGACGUUGGGACUUUCUGAAAUAUGUCAUCACUCAUCCGGUCAUGAUGAUACACCAUGUGUUUAUUGGCACCUUUGGAUUGCUGGUGGUAACAUAUAUACGCGGUGGUGGUCACUGCAUCUACAGCUACAUGUUCAUGAUGGAGUUCUCCACGCCUUUUGUGUCUCUGCGCAGUAUUCUGAGCACCAUGAAGCUGAAGGAUUCGCGUGCAUACAUCGUCAACGGUCUGCUGAUGUUGGCCACAUUCUUUGUGUGCCGAGUCUGCAUGUGGCCAUACGUCAUGUGGCGCUAUAGCUUGGCCAUUGAUGCCACUUCCAUGUGGGUGGCCAUGUGUGGCUUGCCGCGAGGUUGCCUCAUCAGCAUUGCCAUACUCUUUUUGCCGCAGCUCUAUUGGUUCUAUCUCAUGGUCAUGGGUGCACUUAAGGUUUUCUUGCCGAAGAAGAAUCAACGUCUGCGGUCCCCACCGCCAGCGCCGCCCUUGGUCACCGGGAACACGCCCACCGACAAGUUGAAUGGCAACAACAACUAGUGCAAAUUUGUUAAAGCUUUUUAAAGGCAGAUGUGUAUCUUACUGCUGCAUAGUCUAUAUACAAUAGAGCUAUAUCUAAAAUCUGAAGCUAUAUAAUUAUAAAACGAAACACAAUUUUUCUUUAGUGGCAUGAGAGUUCCAGCCAGAAAACAAAUUCUUGCUUAUUGUUUAAAGCAACUAAUCUUUAUGUUUAUAUGCCGCGCAGCUAACUAAAUUAUUCAGUUACACACACACACACACACAGUUCUAAACUUUUUUAUUUAUUGUGUUUAAAACUUAAAGACAUUCAACAUGAAAUAAAACAAACAAACUGUUGCUUAUAUACUAAAAGCAAAUUUAAUCAAAACGAAUUCCAUAAACUAUUUAAAUAUGCUAUACAUAAAUGUAAAUGUCUAAAUGCUUUAGCGCAACAUAUAGAUUUCAAAAAGGUACAAUUUUGGUGGAUAAAUAUUAUAUAUGUAUAUUAUGUAUGUAUGUUAAUUAUGAACAGGACUUUAAAGCUAAUAUAUUGUAUUGGAUUUAUAAGAAUAUGUUGUUGCUAUUGUACAAGGGAUUUAUAAUUUUACUUUUUGAAACUAUAGUUUAUGGCAUUCGUAGUCCUGUUUAUAAAAUGAAACAAAGAAAUCUGUUAUAUGUUAUAAUGCAUUUUCAAACCUUUUGUUUAAGAGUUAAGAUAAAAACUCUAAGCUACCUUAGUUUCUUUCCGAAAACCCAAAGAAAUUCUAUUGAGCUUAACAAAAAACAAAAUCAUUUAAAAUAAGCACAAAUUGAGUUAACAAAUGUUAUAUAAUAUUUAAACAAAACAAGCAUGUAUUGUGUGUAGCAAGGAUAUGCAACAAUUACAGUUAAAGAAGAGAAAAUAUCUGUUGAUUGUAUUGUAACUUCCAGUUUCGUAAAUUCGUUCACAAUAAUUUGAGUUGAUAUUACGAUAUCAAUCAAUUAAUUUAGAUAUCUUUGGAUAUAUAUAUGAUGGCUUAGCUUUUGAAGGAUGUCUCUCCUUUACACAUAAACAACACAGAUAUUUUCUCUUAUCUUAUGCUGUCUAACAGCAAAGAUUCACAGCAAAUAGGUCUACCUAAGUAACUGAGCGGUAUCGUUUUUGAACCAGAAACUAUUGUAUAAAAUGGACGGUGGACUAUGAAAAGUGACCGGAAUCAUUUAAGGACGAAUGAAUACCUGAACCGGACAUAACUACUAUAGUUCACGAGUCGAUAAAGACCGACUGAAACUAUUCAUCAAAUCUGAACUCUACUUCAAAUUGUUGCCUUGUUGUAGGUGCGCUUAUUGUUCCACAAAAUAUGCUCCUGGGGGUCAGGAGCAUACAAAUACAUGUGUGUACGUAUAUGCUUAUCGUAAUGAAUUUUACAAACAAAAUCUAAACUAUAUAUUAUCUAUAU